UUUAAUAAUUAAGAUAUUAAGAUUGUGAUGCAGCCAACGACUAAUUUUAGGCACUUUACACCUUUAAAAGAAAGGAAUAUUAAAAUUAAAGUGCUCAACUAAAAUUCUUUCCAUAUUGAAAAGUCUAUUGGAAAUGGCUCUUUAUACUCAGAAAAUAAACUAAAUUAAAGUUAAAAUCAAGUAUUUGUUUAACAAAGUAGAGCUUUAACAUAAGGAUCUACAGAUGCAGGAGACUAUUCUUAAAAAAAAUAAAGGUCUAUAUCAUAGUAUUUGAAUACGGAAUAGAUAGAGUUAAAGCAAAAUUCUGCAAUAUACGUGAAAACGGAUUUUCCAAAUAUUGCACAACAAAGUGUAACUUAAGAUAUUAACCAGUUUAGAAUUAAAAAAUAGGUGUUAAUCAAAACCAAUCGCCCUAAAAGUAGUUUUGCUAACAGAAAAUAGGAAAAUAAAGAUUUAAAAUAUGUAACAAAAUAAUCGAUAAUCAAUUCGUAUAUUUAGACUUAAUAUGGAUAAAUAGGUAUAAGGGAAAGUUCUCCUAAAUUAGCAAGAAACAUGAAGAAAUCUAAGUCAAAAAAAAGAAAUGAAAAAUCAUAAAAAAGAAUAAAUAUUUCAUAAAACAUUGAAGCUUAUAAUCUUAAUAAAAGUGCAGCUGAUAUAGAUAAAAGAUAUCUAGAUGGCAAAAGAAUUAAAUAAUCAGGAGGAUUUUUGAUAAGAAACCAAGGGAUUAAUAAAAAAUAUUUAUAAGAUGCUGAAAAUCAAUUAAAUGAAAUUUAGAAAUAUAUGAGUUUUAUUGAUGAUAAGUUUCAAAAUCAAACAGAUUCAAUCCAUAAUAUUUACCAAGAAAUUAAUGAUAUUGAUAGAAAAUUGAUGAGCAUUGAAUAAUAAAUAAGACUUAUUUAUCAAACAAAUACAGAACAUGAUGAUACAAUAAAGAUAUAAUCCUGUUUAAUAUUGAUUAAAAGUAUUUAAAAUAGAAUUUAAUACUAUUAAGAAAAUCAACAGCAGUAAAUAAAUGAAGAAGCUUAAAGCAGUGAAGCUAAUGUCAGUUAGCUUCAAGAAUAAAAAUAAAUCAAUUAAAACAACUCUAAUUAAAAUUUAAAAUAAAAUUUUAGUAAUACUUCUGAUAGCGAUGGAUUUAAAAACAAAUAAAAAAUUCAUUAUAGAGCACAAAGCUAAUAAAUGCAUAGAUCUAGCAAUUAUGAUCUUAGAUAAAGCAUGUCAACAGAAUAGCAGACAAAUUAUGUAGAAUAUGUAUUUAAUAUGUUUAAUAAAACAAUUAGAUAGCUUUCAGAUGUAAAAAGUAACUAAAUUAAUGGAGCAUUUGAAUUAAUCCUUUAACUUAACUAUGAUUUACAUAAAAUAAGUAAUUCUUAAGAUAUUAAUUAUAAUGAAAGAGCAUAAGCUCUUUAGUAUCUCUAUGAGCUAGAUUGUUAAGUACCAAAUUUAUUUAAUCUUUUAGUCAAAUUAGUGAAUAACUAAACAGAUAACUUUUAUAGCAUUUAAGAAGAUAUUUCAGAAUAUAAAUCAACUAUUGAAAAAAACAAUAAAGAAUAAAAGCCAAAUCAAUUUACUAUAGAAUCCCCGUCAGCAUCAUAAAAAUCUUUCAUAAAAUAAGCUAUGAUGAAGAAUAAUUAAAACUAAACAAGCAGCAAUACUUCGAACUACAAUAUAACUUAGGAUCAUAUAGAAGAGUCUAUUUAAUAACUUGAUAAUAGUAUUAAUCAAAAUAAAAAUUCUAAAAAAACCAGUUAAAAAAAUUUUUAUGAAAAUAAUCAUUCUAGGUAAAAAUCAUCGUCUAAAUCAAUAGAAAAUAAAUCUUCAAAAAAAUUAAUAAAUGAAAAAUAAGUUUAUACUUCAAAUCCAAAUUUAGUAGAUAUUUAAACCAAUUCAAAGGGAAUAUUGCAAGGUAAUAAUUCUUAAUAGAAUGAUAAAAGCAUAAAACAAUUAGAUAAUAAUCUAUCCAUCAAAGAUUAAUUAAAUAAUGUUGAGAAUAACUCUUCUUAAGUUUAGUAAAAUUAUUCUUCUUUUAGUAAUAGCAAAAUCGAAGAAGCAAUAGAAUCAGAAAAAACUAACAAAGCUGAUAUUAUUGAACACUAGAAAAGUGAAAUAAAGAGUAUAAACAUAUCUGAAUAAAUUUCAAAUAAUAGUAGCUUUAUUAUUGAUAAAUAGCAAGAAAAUAAAUAGUAAAAUAAUUAACUGUGCUCUUAAAAGUCUUAAAAUUAAAAUUUAAAUGAUAAAAAUGAAAUUAACGUUAAAUAGGAUAGUAAAAAAAAUGAAGGGAUUGGAAAAAGUAAAAGUGAGGCUAUUCAGAAUUAAAUUAAAAGUAAUGAAGAUCAAUUAAUUAUGAGUAAAUCUGAGUAAAUAAAUUUGGAAGUUGUUUAGGAUAUUUAGCAUGAAAAAAUAUAAAAUGAAGAAAAGAAAAUUAGCUAAAUAGAUUAAGAAUAAAAAGAAUAAUAAUAGAAACAAUAGGAAGCAAAUGAUUUAGAAGUUAAAAUGAAGACUAUGUUCACUUAAAUGAAAGUUUUGAUUGAUCAUUAAAAUAAAGAGUAUUCUUAAUAAAUUAUUAAAUAGUUCAUUGAAUUUCUUCAUUAAUAGGACUUCAAAGAAAAAUAAAAAAUUAUUGAAAUUUUAAAUGAGUCUCUCACUCAUUUUAACAAAAUGAUAGGUGUUUAAGCCUAACUAAAUCAGAUUUUUAUUUAAUAUGAUUAAUUUAUUAUUGAUAAUGAAAUGUACUGGAAUGCUAUCCAUUUUACUCAUACUCAUAAGCGGAGCUUAGAGUAAAUAAGGUCGUCCAUUUACUAACAAUUUAAAAUAAGAGAUUUGAUAAAAGAAGACCCUAAGUUAAAAGAGGAAAUAAAAGAUUUUCUAGAUUUAAGAAAUGCUGUAUUGAAAUUAUCUGAGAAAUCUGACUUUCCUUUGCUUAAUAUAGCUCUCCCAAACAACUUAAACGUAGAAGAAAAUAUUAUAGAGGAAAUGAAAUAGAGAAGAUUUUAAACUAUUCAAAUAAUUAAAGAAAUUAUUGAAAUUAUACAAGAAAUAACUAUCAUAUGUUAAAGAAAUACAUUUAGUAUAUACAAACUAAUCACUUUCAAUAAUUCCUUUUACACUCAUGCUGACAGAGUUCUAUCCUUGCUAAACGUCUCUACUACUCCUCAUUUAACUAUUAUAAAUCUACUUGAUACUUUUAAUAAGCUCAAGAAAUUGUUUUAGAAAGACAAGCAAGUAUCAAAGCUAAAAUAAAUAGUAGAUAGACUAUUGUAUAUAAGAAUUUAUGAUGAGCUAGUAAACAAAAACUUUAAAUAGCUAGAAUAAGAAUUAAUUAACUCAAUUUAGAGGAAAGAAAUAAAAUUAAAGGUACUAGAAUAGAGACUCAAAAGACUAUUUUCAAGUACAAAUGAAAUAAGAAUAAUUUUGUUAGACAAUAAUUAUGAUUUUAACAGAAUAGAUAACUUCAGAUCUAUCUCUAAUUAAUAUGUUUAGCUAAUAUAGUUAUAUACUUCUAUUUAUAAUACAAAUGAAAGCUCAUUUAUUACAGGAAGAGAUUAAGCAUUUGAGCUAGUAGAAUAAUUAUAUUCUUAUAUGUUUUUUACUAAAUCUCUUAGUUCAAAAUCCUAAAAUUACAAUAAAAUUAAAUCUUCUGUAGGACAAAACCUUUAACUUACAUAAAUCAGCUAAAGUUAAGAUUCUUUUUAUUAUUAGCAUAUCAAAAAAAUACCACAAUAAAAAAUGAGUGAUAUUAAAAAAAGAAUACAUAUUUAUUAGUAAUAAUUGAAAGCGUCUCAAGAAACACUCUUUAAUUUUAUAUAACAACAUUAGCAAUAGCUUCCUAGCGAACCUCAAGAAAGAUAAGGUAUGAAUUAAGAACAAUAAAAUACUCCACCUUAGAUUUAAAUAAAAUAAAUUUUUCAGAAAAAUUUAAUUGAAUUGUAAGAACAAUUAGAACACUUAAAUUAAUAAAUAGAAUAAAUAUUAACUAAAUAAUAAAUUUAAAUAAUUGAUUUACUUUAUCUUGUUUAAGGAAUAACAGAGUAUUUAAUAGAAAAAAAAGAAGAUAUUGCUAUAUUAUAAAAUAAUUAUGAAGCAACUAUAUUUACGAUGCCCUAUAAUUUUGGAGCAGACUGCUAAAUGAUAAUUCAAUAAUUCAGCAAUUUUAUGCACCAUAAUUGCUAAUAAAAUAUUGAUGAAAGUGUAAGGACACUAACUGUUUCAUCUUCAAAUACGGAUUAUCAAGCACCAAGUGGUCCAAUUAUUUUCAAUUACUCUUAAAACAAGCCUGACUAGUUGGAUAAAAAGUAGAAUCAGCAAUAUUUCUGUGAAUUAUUUAUUUAUAACAACUAUGUUAGUGAUUCGUUUUGCUUAGGUGAAAUUUUAGUUUAAAAUAUUUUGACUGGUCAAAUAAUUUAUUCAGAUUAAAUAGACACAAGCCAACCAACAUUUAAAAUAACAUUUUAAGCAGAUCAUCCAUAUUUAAUUGUUAACAUUAAAUAUGCUGAUUACAAAUUGAAGUAAUCAACAUUAUUUAGUAGUGAUACUUCAAUAAUAGAAUUCUCUAAAAAAGAUUUAAUAAGUAACGAGAAAAUCUACAAAAUUGUGAUACAAGCAACAGAUCCUACAUCUAUUUUAAGACAACAAUUAUAGUUUUUUAUUCAUGCAAAAAGUAAUACUCAAAACGAAUAUAUAAUUAAUAAGGAUACCAGUGACCAUAAUUAUUACGUUUAAUAAGAAAUAAAUAUUCUACCCACCAGUGAAAUAAUUACUUUAACAAUAAAAUAAAAUAAUCAAUUUGAGUACAAUUUGUAUGCUAACCUAAUAUCAUCAGAUACUUUUUAAGUUUUUAAAAAUGGAUAAGUAGUACUAAAUUAAAUAAAUAUAACUUAAAUAAAAUAAGAUAAUCCUCAUUCUUGGAAAGUUUUCUAAAUCCCAAAAAUUAAAUAAAAGAGUUAAUUGUUAAAAAAAAAAUAAGAUUGA